UUUUAUGGAACCGAUUACCUUCUUCUCCAGUUACAACAGUUGUCUAUAAAGAAGGUCAUGUUGCGACGGGUCUUAAGGAUGGAUUUAUAUGGAUAUAUCGUUGCAUAGUUGACGAACAAGGCGCACUUCAGUUACAACAUAAAGUUCUUUGCAUUGGCCAUAAAUCAGCCAUUACUGCCCUAACCAUUACAGAAGGACCGACUGAUGGCUGUGUUGGGAAUAAUUAUGUAUUAAUUAGUGCUUCGGAAGAUGGAGAAGUUAUGAAAUGGUGUUUAUUAGAUGGGAGAUGUCUCGCAGGCACGCCCAAAGCUUUGGAUGGCAUGAUAAGGAGUAUCAAGCCUUUAGCUACAUAUGAGAUUACUAUAUUAAACUGUGCAUCUUUGGAGAUUGUACGGAUUUGGGCUGGUCAUAGCGAUUGGGUUGCUUGUACUCCAUUUUAUGAUUCCGACGCACGCCAAAUAAGACUUUUAUCAUCGAAUUUUAAUGGAUUUCUGAAAAUCUGGGCAUUUGAUGAAAACAAACAAUCAAUUAUAAAAGAAUAUGAUAAUGUUGGAAUACUUCAGGCUCAAGGGGACAAAAUUUUAGAAUUAAUCAAUAAUCCAUAUGAUAUCGGCGUAAUCAUGGCAAUAACGAAUAAUUUCAUUAUUAUAUUCACGAUACGUCGUGGUAAAAUGUACAAUAUGCAAAGUAUAAGAACUCUUAAAAAUGGUGCCUUUUGGGCUAGUGGCGUCUUCUUGGCAAAAAACACGAUACUAGUUUACACUCAGGCUGGCGACGCGCAUUUAUACUCCAUAUCGUGCACAGCACGAAAAUAUCCUUCCGAGAAUGGCCAUAUAAUGACCUCAGGCUUUGUUCCACGGCGUUCAUCAUUACCUGAUUUGAAAAGGCCUAAUAAAGAGAAACUUUCAUUACCUGGUCAUUCAAAACCUAAAUUACUAGAAUCGGUUUAUUCAGGAAAUAGCGACUUCAUGAGUCCUGCCAAGACUACUGUGUUUGUGACUCCUAAUGCUGAGGGAAAAUCAUCUAGAUGGUAUUUGAUUGCUUUCCGCAAUCAGGUCGAGGGGACGUCAUUUGCAUGGAAGUUGCUGUCGACAACUGCACAAGAAUAUCAAAUGUGUGAUAGACAUGUCCAAGAAUCUAUUUGGGAUUCUGGAAUUUGUUUGUCUGAUUUAUGGCCGUUGCGAGACCAUCAAGUUCCUAAAGUUACCGUUGCAACUAUGGUAAAUGAUGAUCAGAUAGCAUUUGGAUAUGCAAAUGGUGAAAUUCAUAUCUUGCCGAUCUCUUCGGCAUUGACAAUGGACUUUAAAGAAUUUUCAUUAAAUGCAGUAAAAACAUUGAAAGGACAUUUUGGAAAAAUUACAUGUAUGUACACACCGAAUAUUACUAAUUUUGAUCACAAAUAUCUUGUGUCUGGUGGAGAAGAUUGUUCAGUAAGGAUAUGGAGCUUGGAAAUUAAAGGAUGUAUAAUUUCCGUUGCAAAAGAUAAUUCUUUGGCCAUAAUUUCUUUGGAUGAGAUGAGCUGUUUGUAUAGUUUUAGCGGUUACCCAUAUCACAUGUGCAGAAUUCAGUGGAGAAUAUCUGAAGGCCUCAUAGUACUAUAUUACGGUGAUGAAUCUGCACAUAUAUGGCAGAUGAAGACUUCGGAGCUAUAUCAGAUUGUUAAAGGUUCGACUGCAAGAGAAAUGAUUAAUGACAAGACAUGGCAAACUAGCACUGUGUCACCUCAUGACUUCACGGCAUUUACCCAUAAUAAAGUUAAAACUUUGUCAUCGGUCAAUUUACAAAAUAAUGGAAUUUUUCAUUUUCAAAUUUUUAUGAUAAAUGUCAAACAAUUAAUCAACGAUAUUUAUCAUUAUCACGUCUCUCAAAUUGGUUCAAAAGUUGAUUCUCCAGUUGUAAAUGCUGAAGAUUUUGAUGAAAAACAUUCUAAAAUUUUUUCUUGGUCAACUAAUGGUGCUUCUCAUCAAUGUAACACAUCAUCAUUGCCUUCUGUUUCGGAGUUAGAGGAUCAGGCUAUUGGAGCGAGUAGUGUUCAAGUUAUAGUCUCCGCUUUAAUGACAUGGGGUAUUGACAACUCUUUAGACCGAAUAUGUUUAGAGAAAUUAGGCUUGAAAAAACCAUCAAAACAUGUAGCCUUUGGCUUGAGAGGGUAUAACGGCAAUUUAUCGAUUGCGGCUCCUUCUUAUGACCAUCAUGCGGCCUGGAAAAUAUCUCAAACAAUGACAGCAACACAUCUAUUGUCAAUUGUUAGUUUGACACGACCAUUCCUUUUAAUGAAAGGGCUGGAGAAAUAUACUAGUGAUAUUAUCACUCAUUAUGGCACCAUGUUACCUGAAUUUGUAGGUACAAAAUUUCACCAUUCCUCCUUAGCUUUCCUCGCGAAAUAUUUUCAAGAGCCAACCGGUAUGCAUAUGCAUGUUUUAUUACCAAAUGAAAUCCCAAAUACUCUUUUUUCCGCGGCAUUAACUAGUAUGCCACCUAUUGAGCUACAGUCUAUAAUUGAUUAUUGGAAACAAUUUUGUGAGUGGAUUGUUUGUCCAACAUUACCAGCAGUAACGUCGCAAGAUAUGUGUGCUAAACUGUAUAUGGCUAAAUCAACAAUAUUAUUGGGAAUGAUAGGGGCAGAUCACCCUAAAUUUUUAUCAAAAACAGUCUCCGAGAAUACUGCAUUAUCACUUAUAUUACUACUACAUGAUGAAUCUAAAUUGGCCCACCGAUUAGCGGCGCUUGAACUGUGUG